AUGAAACGUCAUUUAGAAUCCAAUGUCGAUAAUGAAGUUCAUAUCGAAAAGCAACGUGCCAAACUCAACGUUGAUGAAGAACGUUUAAAUUUAUUUAAAAAUUGGCUCAAUGAACACAAUGUUAUAUGGGAUAAUAUCGAUAUUCGUUCAUCAAUACUUUAUAAAGGAUUUUCUGUAUAUAGUACAUCAUCAGAAGAACUACCUAAUAUUCAAAUUCCUACAAUAUUAUUAAUGUCAAAUGAAUCAGCAAAGAAUAGUUCAACAUUCGUUUUACCAACAUUUGAUAUACUCGAUCAAACUGAUCAACAUAUUGAUCGAGAAACACUUAUUCUAUCACUUUUUCUUUUACAUGAACGUUUAAAAGGUAUUCAAUCUCAUUGGUAUCCAUAUAUUCAACUUUUACCAACGACAUUUACAACUCCAUUAUUUCAUAAAGAAAAUUAUGUUGAAAAUACAUCGGUGUUUUAUUUAACAGAAACAAUGCGUCAAUCAAUGAGUGAAGUAUGGGAUCUUAUUGGUUCAAGUACAUUUCAAUUAGAAGAUUUUCUUUGGGCAUAUACAGCUAUUACUAGUCGAGCUUUUAAAUUAAAUGAACUUGGUACUACACUUAUUCCAUUAGCUGAUCUUGCAAAUCAUGUAUCAUUUGCACAUGAAGCAAAUCUAUAUUCAAUGGGUAUUAAUAAAGAAACUGAUAGAUUUGUUUUAAAAGCAACAGAGAAGAAAAUUUUAGAUGGAGAAGAAUUAUGUUUAAAAUAUAAUAAUGAAUUAGCUAAUUGGCAAUUAUUACUUUAUUAUGGAUUUACAAUUGAGAAUAAUCCAUUGGAUUCGAUUUUACUUGAAUUAAAAAUGGAUUCAAAUGAUACUUAUGAAAUGGAAAUAAAAAAAAUGCUUUUACUUAAUCUAAGUGAAGAUUUGUGUUUAGAACAUGAACUUAAAAUAACCGAAAAUGAACCAAUUAUAAGUGAAAAUUUAUUAGCUACUCUUCGUUUAAUUGUUAUGUCAAAUGAAGAAUUGGAGCAAUUUAAUAUAUCAAAUUUAAAUCAACUUCUUUCAUCAAUGGUUAGUGUCGAUAAUGAAGGACGAGUAUUAAAUAAACUUUUAAUAUUUCUUAAUGAACUUAAAGACGUACCAUAUACAACAACAUUAGAAGAAAACCUCAAUCGAUUUCAAUCGAAUCAAUUAAAUGAUGAUGAACGAUAUUCAUUAAUUUAUUUAAUUGGUCAAAAACAAAUUUUAGACAAUGCUCAACGUUGGAUUGAUAAUGCUCUUUCUCAAUUAAAAUAA